AUGGACGUCUCAGAGGCUGCUGAUGACCCAGGUGUGCCUCCAUCUUGUCCACUGAGGGGGGAGUGGGGCGGGCACAGCUGGCUGGAAUACUCUGACCCAGGAUCCGUCCAGCCUCCCAUAGAUGAGCACACAGUCAUGAGAGGCAGCACCCAUCUGCAAACUGAGCAUGCUCCAGUCAAAAGGGCCAAACUAACAGACAACCAUGUCCUGAACAGAGUACUGAUGACCCAUAAAGCCAGCAUGAAGAGGAGGUUUGAGAGCAUAUGUGAAGGCAUCAUAAGAUCAGGGACUCAAACACUCCUAAACAAGAUCUACACAGAGCUUUACAUCACAGAAGGAGAGAGUGAAGGGGUGAAUAACGAGCAUGAAGUUUGGCAGGUAGAGUCAGCAUCCAGGCCACAAACCAAAGAAGACACAGCAAUACACUGUAAUGAUAUCUUCAAGCCCUUACCUGGACAAGAGAGACACAUCAGAACGGUCAUGACCAAGGGGAUUGCUGGCAUUGGGAAAACUGUCUCAGUGCAGAAGUUCAUCCUUGACUGGGCAGAGGACAGAGCUAACCAGGAUGUAGAUUUCAUGUUUGUGCUUCCGUUCCGUGAGCUGAAUUUGGUCAAACAUGAUCAAUACAGCCUUCACAGGCUCCUGCUUGACUUCCACCCUGAGCUUAGAGAGCUACAAGAUGGUGAAUACAAGGAUUGCCACAUUGUGUUUAUCUUUGAUGGUCUGGAUGAGAGUAGACUUCCACUGAAGUUCCAAGAGAACCUAAAGUUAUCUGAUGUGACACAAACAUCAUCAGUGGAUGUGCUGAUGAUGAGCCUCAUUCAGGGAACUCUGCUUCCCUCUGCUCUCAUUUGGAUAACUUCUCGACCAGCAGCAACCAGUCAAGUCCCUUCUCAGUGCAUCAGUCAGGUAACGGAAGUACGAGGAUUCAAUGACCCACAAAAGGAGGAGUACUUCAGGAAGAGAGUCAGUGACCAGAAUCAAGCCAACAGAAUCAUCUCACACAUCACAGCAACCAGGAGCCUUCACAUCAUGUGCCACAUGCCAGUCUUCUGUUGGAUCUCAGCCACUGUCCUUCAGAAAAUACUGGAACAGGAUGAUGGGAAGGAAGCCCCCAAAACUCUGACUGAGAUGUUCAUACACUUCCUGCUCAUCCAGACCACCAGGAAGAACCAGAAGUAUCAAGAGGAAAGUGAGACAGGUAGACAGAGCCUCCUAGAAUCACAUAAGGGUGUCAUAUUGAAACUAGCAGAGCUGGCUUUCAAGCAUCUGGAGAAUGGCAAUCUCAUGUUCUAUGAGGAAGACCUGAGAGAGUGUGGCAUUGAUGUCAGUGAAGCUUCAGUGUACUCUGGCAUGUGCACUGAGAUCUUCAGGGAGGAAUGUGUGUUUCACCACAAGAAGGUGUACUGCUUUGUGCAUCUGAGCAUCCAGGAGUUUCUUGCUGCACUUCAUUUGUUUGCCUCCUACUUGAAUAAGAACAUGAAGGUCCUGGAGGCAUUUCUUAGCAGAAAGUCUAGGUCUUUACCAGAUGUGCCUCUUGAUGAGUUGCUGAAGAAUGCAGUAAACAAAGCCUUGGAAAGCAAGAAUGGACACCUUGAUUUGUUUGUUCGCUUCCUUCAUGGCAUUUCUCUGGUGUCAAAUCAGAGACUUUUGCUUGGCCUCCUGACACACACACACAGCAGCCCAGACAGUGUUAAGAAAACCAUCAAGAACCUGAAGGUGAUGCAGAGACAAAAUAUCUCCCCUGAGAGGUGCAUCAAUCUGUUCCACUGCCUGGUGGAAAUGCAUGACUCCUCUGUUCAUGAUGAAAUCCAGGCUUUCCUGAAGGCAGAGAAAGGUGCUGUGAAACAGCUCACAUUGGCUCACUGCUCAGCCUUGGCUCAUGUGCUUCUGAUGUCUGAUGAGGUGCUGGACGAGUUUGACCUGAAGAAAUACAAAACCUCAGAUGAGGGACGGAGGAGACUAGUGCCAGCUGUGAGAUGCUGCAGAAAGGCACUACUUGCUGGCUGUAAGCUAACAGAAAAGUCCUGGGAGAUUUUGACCUCAACUCUGCAGUCUGCAAACUCCCCCUUAAGAGAGCUGGACCUGAGUCAGAAUGACCUGCAGGCAUCAGAAGAAAAGCUGCUCUCUGCUCUACAGAGUCCAAACUGCAAACUGGAGACUCUUAGACUUGUUGACUGUAAACUGAAGGGAAGAUUUCUGGCCUUGGCCCACCACGGGGCAAACCCCCACCUAAGAGAGCUGGACAUGAGUGACAGUGAGCUUGAGGACUAUGGAGGAGAACUACUUGAGCUCACACUGGACCCAAACACAGCACACAGACGUCUCUCUCUCUCUGAGGGGAACAGAAAGGUGACGUGUGUGAGUGAGCAGCAGCCGUAUCCUGACCACCCAGAGAGAUUUGACACCUACUCUCAGGUGCUGUGCAGAGAGGGUCUGACUGGACGCUGCUACUGGGAGGCUGAGUGGAGUGGUGGGGUUUAUAUAGCAGUGGCCUAUAAGAGCACCCCGAGGAUAGAGGGGAGUGAGCAGAGCAGCGGGUUUGGAAUUAAUGCCAAGUCUUGGAGUCUGGACUGCUCUGUUAACAGUUACUCUGUCAGGCACAAUACUAAGAGUAUUGCCAUACCUGCCCCCUCCUCCGGCUCCAGCAGAGUAGGAGUGUACCUGGACUGGCCAGCAGGCACUCUGUCCUUCUACAGCGUCUCCUCUAACACACUCACCCACCUGCACACGUUCCACUCCACAUUCACUGAGCCCCUCUAUCCUGGGUUUAGGGUUUGGUAUAUUAACUCCUCAGUGUCCCUGUGCCAGAUCACAUGACCUCCUAAUCCUGCAGCAGAGGAGAGCCACACACACCUGUUUACACACUCCUGUGUGUGUGUGUGUGUGUGUGUGUGUGUGUGUGUGUGUGUGUGUGUGUGUGUGUGUGUGUGUCCUCCUGCCUCCUCUCUGUACCGGUCACUGUUCUCACUGUAUUCACUCACUCAAACUCACUCACUCACACUGACACACACUCACACACACACACACACACACACACACACACACACACUCACACACACUAACACACACACACUCACACACACUAACACACUCACACACUGACUCUCACUCUCUCACACACACACAUACACACACAUGCACGCACUCACUCUCACUCACUCACACACACUCCCUCACUCACACUCACACACAUUCACACACACUGUGUGUGUGUGUGU